UGUGACAGUCUGGCUGGAUACCUACCCAACCCUGCGCGUAAAAAGAUAUUUUGGAAAGAUACUUGGAUAUCCCAAAAAAUGAGCUACACCAUAAACUGAGCACAGACGGAAACAAUCGCAUCUCAAGAAAACACAAGUCCAGAUUGGCGCAAGAUCGAUCACCUUUGACAGUUUUUUUUAACGCCUAAAAACCGGACGUUUUCUGCUCGAUGACAACCUCGCACGGCCCUGCUUGACCCGCCUCAGACGACCAGGACUCGCCGAAUCCACAGGUCAAAUAGUUAUUUAUCUUUUCAAUAGAUUCUAGCUAUGUGUGCAUUCAGUAGUUGGAGAUAAAACUGCAGCAAAGUCUGGUGUGGUUGUGAGGGGGAGAGGGAGAGUGUGUGCUCUCGCUCAGUAGCCUUACCGGACUAGAAGAGGAGGAACUCUGGGAGAGAGGGGGAAGAGAAGCGGCGUCUCCGAGGAUGACUUUAGGGACGGAUAUGUCCGACAGCUCUGCAUUGUCCGAAGAUGUGGACAUCGAUGUGGUUGGGGGUGACAUAUCCGUUGGAAAGGAUGGGAAGUACAUUCACCACGACUUUAACUUGGACAAUGACUCGGACGAUAAUUACUCCCAGAACGCCGCGGAGAGGGGUUCCUCUCCCGGGCUCAGCAGCUCCGACUGCCCGUCAGACCAGAUAGGGUCCACCGCAGAGGUCGGGACCGUGAUCGGGGAGAAAUCCAGAAAAAAUGCUCUUGUGAAGCCACCGUACUCUUACAUCGCUCUGAUCACCAUGUCCAUCCUGCAGAGCCCCAAGAAACGUCUCACUCUCAGUGAGAUCUGCGAGUUCAUCAGCAACAGAUUCCCUUACUACCGGGAGAAAUUCCCCGCGUGGCAAAACUCUAUUCGCCACAAUCUUUCCUUAAACGACUGCUUCGUGAAAAUCCCACGAGAGCCUGGGAACCCCGGAAAGGGCAACUACUGGACCCUCGACCCGGAUUCCGCAGACAUGUUCGACAACGGGAGCUUCUUGCGCAGGAGGAAGCGCUUCAAGAGGCACCAAACUAAUGAAAUCCUCAGGGAGUCUGGUGGCUUUCUACCCGGGUUUGGAUACGGCCCGUAUGGAUACAACUAUGGACUUCAGCUGCAGAACUUCCACGCAGCCCACAACCCGUAUCACCCACACCACACAGGUGGUUCAUUCCCAUUCCCUAACUCCCCUUGCACCUUGCCCUCAUCAGCCUCCAUAUUUCCUGCGCCGCACCACCUUCCCUCCCUUUUAGGGGCCGAUUUACGAAAGCCUUUUUACCCUCAACUAAGCCCGUCUCUGCCGCCUCUCAAGACGGACUCCAGCACCCCGAGUCGGCCUUCGUUCUCCAUUGACAAUAUCAUUGGUGCGGCCAACUCCACCGCUUCUUCCUACAGCGCGCAGCCGGGCAGCCAGGCUCAGAUCCUGGCGAUACUGACCCCAGCACUGGCCUCUGCUUCCAAUCAUAUGAACCUAUCACAGGAUGGCAUAUUACAACCAGGCCCACAGGGCCAGACUUUUUCCAGCAAAACCCCGAAUAUAAACACUUGUCCUUUCUAAAAAAAAAAAAAAAAACAUUUAAAAAAAGGAAAGAAAAAAAGCAAGAAAGCAAGAAAGAAAUCUUAUAUUAAAAUAGCCAACUGUGGCGUCGUCCUAUGUGAAGGUAGGCUGCGCAUUCUCUGCGAACUAAGAGUGUUCUGGCUCUCCAGAUUCCCUAACAAUGUAAGAGGAGACAAAGGUUUAUUUAUGGUUUGUAAAUAUGUGUAUACUAUUGAGAGACAGAAGCAAGAGAAACUCGUAGAAGGAUCUUU